UCAUCUUUAGCAACAUGUACGUGAAGCUUUUUUUAUUAUUCGUUUUAUUGGGUGGAUUUUUUCACCUGAAUAAAGCCCAAACAACAGACUGCUCGAAUACGUGUAUCUCACGUGUGAGAUGCAAUCCUUACUAUAAGGAUCUAGUCUGGGCAGUUGUAGAUCGUGUUUGUCGAGUUUUCCAGAACGGCUGUAUUUUUGGUAAUAAGAACUGCAUGAGGGCCAACCAGUGCUUGCCACCAAUGGUGGCCACUACAAAGGAAAAGUGUAUGGAAUCCUGUCCGAGAAUGUGUUCUCGUGGCGCACCUCCGGUGUGUGGAUGGUUUCCCUAUACGGAGAGCAAUGGAACAACUGGAGGCCGGGACAUGACCUUCCGAAGUCGUUGCCUGCUGGAUCUUUACGCCUGCCGUAACGCCGAGGCCUAUGUAAAUGAACCUCGCAUUGGACACUGCGCUUAAUCUAUCAGUAAUAAAAUAAUUGCUGUACAUUAUGUUUUCAAUAAAUGAAAAUGA